UGACUACGCCGCUGGCUCGCGGACCGUAUAGCCAGCAUAGCAGACUCCUCUUUUGCCCUCAAUCAGUGCAGUGUUGCCGCGCUGAAUUCAACCAGCCAUGACUACAAUAGGAAUAUAAAAGGUCUGCGGCGAGGGUUAAACUCUGGUAAAGCCAGCCCGAGACCAGAGACAACACAAGCUUUCCCCGGAGCUGUCAAUGCUGGACACCCCGAUCUCCCGGCAUUAAGAUCUGUGAGGCUGGGAGAGACGACACCCAGCCGUCCAUCAAACUCCAUCAAACCCCGACCCAACAUGAUUGCCUCCAGCGACGUAGACAACCGAGGUGAAGCUUCUUUAUUCUCGGACCCAAUUCCCUCAGAAAUGGAUGCACUUUGUCCCUCUCCUCCAGGACCUACCAGGCCCCAACGGGAUUAUGAGAGGAUUGGAGGACGGAAGGGAACCUCAUUUUGUCAGACUCUUAUACACCUUCUGAAAGGGAACAUCGGCACCGGGCUGCUGGGUCUGCCUCUGGCUGUCAAGAAUGCCGGCCUGGUGCUCGGCCCUAUCAGCCUGCUGUGUAUGGGCGUUGUAGCCAUCAACUGUAUGCAGGUGCUUGUGAAAUGUUCCCACCACCUAAGUGCAAAGAUGAACAGGCCAUCUCUGACCUACGGAGAGGUGAUGCAGUACGGGAUGGAAAACGUGUCCUGGCUGAGGAGACACUCCCAGUGGGGAAAACAGAUCGUGAACGUGUUUCUAAUUAUCACCCAGCUGGGCUUCUGCUGCGUCUACUUUGUCUUCCUUAGUGACAAUAUCAAGCAGGUGGUCGAAGCAGCCAACGCCACCACCUUCAACUGCCAAAUGAACCACACCAACCAGACCCAGAUCCUGGUGCCGAGCUUCGACUCCCGCCUCUACAUGCUCUGCUUCCUGCCUUUCCUCAUCCUGCUGGUGUUCACCCCCAACCUCCGGUACCUGGCUCCCCUCUCUCUGGUGGCAAACCUGGUCAUGAGUGCCAGCUUGAUCCUCAUCUACUUCUACUCGCUCACGAACAUCAGAAACCCUAUCGACCUGCCAAAAGUGGGCAGGGCUAAAGACUACCCACUCUUCUUUGGUACGGCCAUCUUUGCCUUCGAAGGGAUCGGAGUGGUUCUUCCCCUGGAGAACAAGAUGCACAGGCCUCAGAGUUUCAUCCCAGUUCUGUAUUUGGGGAUGGGCAUCGUCACCUUCCUCUACAUCAGCCUUGGUACCAUAGGAUAUAUGUGCUUUGGAGAGCACAUAGGAGGGAGCAUCACUCUCAACCUGCCAAACUGCUGGAUGUACCAGGCGGUGAAGCUGCUGUACUCUUUUGGUAUUUUCAUCACCUUCGCCCUGCAGUUCUAUGUGCCAGCAGAGAUUCUCAUACCACCAGUACUGACUCGCGUGUCAGAGAGGUGGGAGAAAACCGUCGACCUACUGCUCCGCACCGUCCUGGUCAUCUUCACGUGUGGUCUCGCCAUCCUGAUACCAGAGCUGGACCUGGUGAUCUCAUUGGUCGGCUCGGUCAGCAGCAGUUUCCUGGCACUAAUCUUCCCUCCCAUCCUCCAGAUUCUAACAUUUCACACGGAGGGACUGUCGCCGCUGGUGACCGUCAAAAACAUCAUUAUCAGCGCGAUCGGCUUCAUCGGGUUCCUCACGGGAACCUACAUCGCCAUCGUCGAGAUCGUCGCCCGUAACGGACUCAAACGGGAGGAGACGUUCUCCUCCUACAUGGUCCAGUGAUGAGGUGAAGGGACUGUUGACAGGUGGAUGAAAUAAAAAACACACCCAGGCCAUUUAGAAAACCUUUUAGGGAACAUUUGUUAUUUUAUUUCCUAUUCCAUUUGCUGCUGUUGGCGAUGGCGGCCAUUUAAGUAUUAAUAUAUCACAGGUUUAGGCCGUUUGACCAUGUAAGGAUUUCUGACGAGGAAGCGUGAUUUAUGCUUCUUCGCUAAAUCCACGCCAUGACCACGUACGUAGGUGCGUUCCAGACACAGACCCUACGCUGUAGCCUGACGUGCACCGCUCAAAUGAUUUAACUAAAUGUCGCUGUGACGCUCGGCGAUGGCUUGGUAGCGUUGCAUGUCCCCCUACUCCUUUCCUGAUUCUCCUUCUACAUAAAAACAUGAAAUCAAGGAGAGGGUUAACAUUACCUGCUACAGAUUUCCCACUGUUGUCAGAAAGCAUAGGGGAGACACUGCGUUUCCCUCACUAUGUCCCUAGAGUCGGCACUCGCUAUACCACACACUCCCCACACACAUGCACACGCCAGCUCAGCUGUUCUCUUAAGAAGGUUGAUGCAGACACCAACGCACUAGAACAAGCUUCAGGCCACUUCCUUAUAGGCUACGGUGAAAGCUCUGCUGGGAUUCUCUGCAGAACCAUAAGUCACGUUUAACUGUUGUUUCAUUAUGUCACUGCUGUACAGUGUCCUGUCUUAUCUGGCAUACAUGACAACCUCCAGUUACUCACAUUUCAUCAAGUCUAGGAAUUUAGUGCAAUCUAAGGAUAACAUAAUUAUGAUGUAGGCUAAAUAGUAAGAUUUUAAGCCAGAGGGUUUUCUAGAGGCAAGUUAUCAUUUUGACAACCUGAAUAUAUUAAUCUCAAAUUAUGCUACCUCACAAAAUAAAAUCAAUUUGGUCUUUCGAAACUUUUGAAUUUACAGAUUAGAUGCUGUUGCUGAAAUAAUGUGGAUUUAUUACUCAAACAGCUUCUCAUUUAGAGCUUUUAGAGUUUGAACACCCAUCCAAAAACCAACCUUUUUUUUUUGCACUUUAAUUCAUGCCUUAUUUGGUGAAACAGCGGACAACUUUGUCAUAGCAAACAUGUCACGCAAACUUUAAAUCAUGUAACUGUAUUACAAACGACAUACAGCAGUUGUUUUAACCAAACAUAGAAC